AUGGCCAAGAAUUGUCACAACGACUACAAGAUGAAGUUCACGGUGGACGAUGAGUACCCCGACCUGUCCCAGCACAACAACCAUAUGGCCAAGGUGCUGACCAAGGAUAUCUACGCUAAGCUGAGGGGAAAAUCCACCCCCAGCGGCUACACCUUGGAUGAUGUCAUUCAGACUGGUGUGGACAACCCCGGACACCCCUUCAUCAUGACCGUGGGCUGCGUGGCCGGUGAUGAGGAGUCCUACGAGGUCUUCAAGGAUCUUCUGGACCCCGUCAUCUCGGACCGCCACAAUGGCUACGGACCCAACGACAAGCACAAGACUGACCUGAACUUCGAGAACCUGAAGGGUGGUGAUGACCUGGACUCCAACUACGUUCUGUCCAGCCGCGUGCGUACCGGCCGUAGCAUCAAGGGAUUCACCCUGCCGCCACACAACAGCCGUGGAGAGCGCAGAGGCAUUGAGAAGCUGUCCAUCGAGGCUCUGGCCAGCCUGGAGGGCGAGUUCAAGGGCAAGUACUACCCCCUGGACGGCAUGACCGACGCCGAGCAGGAGCAGCUGAUCGCCGACCACUUCCUGUUUGACAAGCCUGUGUCCCCACUGCUGACUUGCGCCGGCAUGGCCCGCGAUUGGCCCGACGCCAGGGGCAUCUGGCACAACGACAACAAGACCUUCCUGGUGUGGGUGAACGAGGAGGACCACCUGCGUGUCAUCUCCAUGCAGAAGGGCGGCAACAUGAAGGAGGUGUUCAGGCGCUUCUGCGUGGGUCUGCAGAAGAUUGAGGAGAUCUUCAAGAAGCACAACCACGGCUUCAUGUGGAACGAGCACCUGGGCUACAUCCUCACCUGCCCCUCCAACUUGGGCACCGGCCUGCGCGGCGGCGUCCACGUCAAGCUGCCCAAGCUCAGCACGCACCCCAAGUUCGAGGAGAUCCUCACCAGACUGCGCCUGCAGAAGCGCGGCACAGGUGGCGUGGACACGGCCUCCGUGGGCGGCGUAUUCGACAUCUCCAACGCUGACCGUCUGGGCUCCUCCGAGGUGUACCAGGUUCAGCUGGUGGUCGAUGGCGUCAAGCUGAUGGUAGAGAUGGAGAAGAAACUGGAGAAGGGAGAGUCCAUUGACGGCAUGAUUCCCGCCCAGAAGUAA